CUUCCGAUAGUCAACUGGAACAUAUUCAGUGGAAUUCCGAAGCCCCUACCAUCGACCACACGUCAAAGUGGGGACGACUUUUUCAUAAGAGACGCGUCUAUCGAACGAACAGCGCAGCACAAACUACCUCCAGUCUAUUUUGACAACUGAUCAUCAUGCCCAACGAGUCGGACCCAUUGCCAAAGCAAAAGCGUGCAGCAUCAUCGAAGUCUCCUCGCAAGAAAACCAGAAAAAGCUACUCUUUCCGAGAGAAAGCAGCGAUGAUCGCCGCCUUAGCGACUAAACCUCUCACAGCAGUAGCCCGAAAGAACGGUAUCAACGAAAAGUUGCUCUACAAAUGGAGAAGAAACCACAAUUUGAUUUUGGAAGCUGCGGCGAGUGAAGUUCUCUCGCAAAAGAAGAAGAACAAGCCAGUAAACGAAGAACUCGAGGAGCACCUGUACAACUGGUUCUUGAAGGCCCAAUCAGCUGGGAUUCCUGUGAGUGGACCGAUCGUGCGAGCAGUGGCACUGGAUCUCAACAAACAACUAGGUGGCAAGGAGACGUUCAAAGCUAGUCACGGAUGGCUCGACAGGUGGAAGAAGCACAAGAAUAUUCGAUUCCCCCGAGAAAGAUCAUCACCAGGAACUUGUGCUGCAGAACCUUCCGAAUACGAAUCCCCAGCGAUGAUGGAAGAAGAGAAUUUCAUAAAGACUGAGGAGAUGUCUCCACCAGACAGUCCAAAAUCAGACGCAGAUGAUCACAAAGACUUCGUGACGAACUUCGUGACGAAUUGGGCACCUAAUCCUCCUGAGACAGCAGCAGCUGCUGAAAAUUCGGGAACGGAAUCUCGUAUGAAUGAGGAAGCUGUCAGUAAUUUUGACGACAAUCUAGUAAAAAAUGAAAAGGUGUCUCCACCAGGAAGUCCCUGCUCUGACGCAGGUGAUGACAGAGACUUCGCAACAGCGUGGCUGCCGAUUCAUGAGGAAAGGUCUCCAGGUUCUUCCAACUCUGACCCCGACGACCUCGAGGAAUUCUCAAAGAAAUCAAGGAAGAGCUACUCCUUCCAGGAGAAAGCAGACAUCAUCAGACUUCUGAAAACGACGCCUGUCUCAGACGUGUCACGAGAGUCUGGCGUUCAUUACAGAUUGCUGUACAAGUGGAUGAGGAAUGAGGAGGUGAUUUUGGAAGCUGCGAGGAGGGAGGAUAUGUCGGGGAGAAAGCAGAAGGGGCAUAGGAACGAGGAACUCGAGGAUCAUGUGUACAAGUGGUUCAAGGCAGCACAGUCAGCUGGAAUUCAAGUCACUGGGCCGAUUAUAAAGGCAGUGGCGUUGGAUUUAAAUAGACAGUUGGGUGGCAAGGAGACGUUCAAAGCUAGCUGUGGGUGGCUCGAUAAGUGGAAGAAACUGAAAAAAGUUGUACUUCCUCGACUGCCGGGGAAGUCAUCGUCUGAUGCACCUGCUGAGGGUUCUUUGGAAGGUGAAUCUCCAGAGGUGAUAAGAACAGAGGAUUCCAUAAAGACUGAAGAUGUUUCGGAAGAUGGGUCUCUCCCAAGCAGUUCCAACAUUGAUGCAGACGAACACAGAGGGUUCGUAACUGAAUGGCUUCCGAUGUCUGAAGAGGUGCCUCCCCCAGGCAGUCCAGACUCUGAUGGGAACAAUCAGAGGGUCGUUCUGAACCGGAAAAGUUACUCUUUUGCGGAAAAAGCCAAGGUUUUGAAAGCUUUGGAGACUGAAUCUCACAAAGCUGUAGCAGAGAGGUUCUGCAUCAGUGAAAAGUCACUGUACAGGUGGAAGAGAGAUCGUGUGAUGAUUCUCGAGGCUGCGGCGAGAGAUGGCACAAUGAAAAAGAGCCGGAACAGGCUUGGAAAAUACCGAAGCUGCGCUAAAAGUUUGAUAGUUGGAGUGGAUCCUGAAAGAGAGCUGGGGGAUGGGGAUUCCAAGGCGUCCGAGGCUAGUUCUGGAUGCCUCGAUCAUUAGAAGAAACAUGAAAUGUUGGAUUUUCACGGAGCUAGAGAUUUUCCGGAAUUUGAAAAUCAACAUCUGUUGAGGAGUUCUAAACUCUUUUUUACUAGAGAUACUCAGUACCUGACUUUUGUAUUUUCCUCGACAUGUUGUUGUAUUAAAUGAUUAUUAAAUUUUAAAGAAUUGAAGAAGUGAAAUCAGCUUUUUCUUCAUCUAGUCUGUAAAUUUUCUGCAACGAAAAAAUCUUGAAAAUACUCUUGAGUUUUUUUUGCGAAGAUCUGAAAAACGAAGAGGAAUACAAAAAUUCUUCAAGUUGCUUUCUUGAAAAUCUAAUUAAAAAAUCUUGUAUUUUUGGAUAAAAACUCCAAGAGAUUUCUAUUCGUGUUGUUCAGUCAAUUUUCAUUUGUUUCUCGUUACAAAUAUGAGUAAAAAAAUGGGAAUUUGAUGCGGCAGAAUUCGGGUAGAAAAAAUGCUAACAGAAUAAUUUGUAUAGAGAAAUAAAAAUCUAUUGACUUGUUUCUAUUAAACAUCGAUAAAAAAACAUUACGAAAAAUUAUUUAAUUUAGCAGAAGCCAGUAAAAAACAAAUAGAAUGCCUAAGACCAUUCUAAUAGUCUUUUAAUAAUGUUGUUAUAGAUAGCAAAUAAAUUUUGUAUUAAAGA